AUGUGGUUAUCUGAUGUUCAGAAAUACGGUGUCGGCUUUACUGCUGCAGGUAUAAUAACUUUUUUUGAUUCCGCUUUACUGGCUUUUGGAAAUCUUCUGUUCCUUAUUGGAAUUGGACUUAUAAUUGGGUUACGUCGCACAUUUUACUUUUUUGCUCGUCCAAACAAAAUUCGAGGAACAAUUUGUUUUGUAUUAGGUAUUGUGCUUAUUCUUUUCAAAAGAUCUUUUGUGGGAUUUGGUAUUGAGUGCAUAGGCAUCCUUUCACUUUUUGGUGACUUUUUUGGGGUUAUUGUGGCAUUUUUAAGAUCACUUCCUGUCAUCGGGCCUUUACUAUCUCAUCCUUAUAUUGCUCCAAUUGUUGAUCGUAUUGCUGGAGUUCAAAUGCUUCCUGUUUAA